UGAUCACGUUGACGUUCGGCUCUGUUUCACAAAUUCAAAUUUCCAUCGAACGUCGGUCGAUAUUUCUCUAAAAAAAGGCUCGUAUCAAGUGAAUCUCGUGUUCAGUUUCCCGAGGAAUCAUGUUAUUAAAAAGAUCAACGGUUCGCAAUCAUCUUAAGAUGAUUCUACGAACGGAUUAGAAGCGGAAAGGACGCAAAUUCACAUGCUCCCUGUGAAAAUUGUUACAAUACUCUGCUCAUUGUGAACCGGCACAUGUACACUCAUCGAUCAAAAGGGAAUGUUUGUUUUGCUUUUCUCUGCCUUCGAGACUCGAGCCAUCGCGAAGGUUUUAAGGAGGAAGCAAUUAUAAGAGACAAAUAAAAUAAUGGCAGGCAGUGGUGAGCUUUGGGUACAGUGUUUCACUUGUUGCUUGACACAGCAAGGACCAAGAACACGAAAUGGAAGGCAGAGGUCACAUCAGAGGCUAAGGAUAGACCGCAGUAUGAUAGGAGUGCCUACAAAUUUUAGACAUACUGGUCACAUUAGCAGUGGAGAUCUUGACAUGAGCAGUGCACAGUUAUCAAAUAUUCAAGCACAGAUGCAGAUGAAGGGUGGCUACGAUAAUGCUUACGGCGUUAAGGCAUGUUGAAAAUAACUGUACAGUGCAUUUAGACUGGCCUGGAAACAAUCUUACAACAGGACUAAAAGAAAUUGACUGAGUUUUUAAUGUCUAUGUUCCUUGUGUUAAGACAAACAUACGUGUAGCUUAUUGUAUGUGUAGAAUGUGCUCGAAUGAAAAACUCGAAUUUUUUACACUGAGAAAUAAGUUAAACUGAGUUCACAAGGAAUGUUGCUAAUCUCUGCAGAGAUAGUAUUAAGAAUGUGCAUUUUAAUUACAAAUUGCAUUUAACUGUCGUACAAAUGAAACUUCUAUAUUAAAGACUGGAUAUUCAGUAGAGACAGAAACUGCU